GGCAAUCCGUAGCCCGUCCUACUCUCGUUUAAAACAUGGCAGCGCCCGAAGAAGCUGAAAACGUGUUUGACGUGAUACUCGGGACAUACGAAGAGUUUCUUCUCGGAUACGCCCUUCAGAAAGGCAAAGAUGGACAAUUCAGACUGCAGCAGUUCUUCACAAACCACUCGCACCUCGGAUCAGUGCGUUGCGUGGCUGCGGGCGGCAAGUUCGUCGCGUCCGGCAGCGUCGACGAGACGAUCCGACUGUUCAACAUGCGAAGCCGCAGCGAAAUGGGCUCGCUCAUGCAGCACGAAGGUACGAUAAACAGCCUGCAGUUCUACAAGUCGAGCCACUUGUUCAGCGCCAGCGACGACAGGACCGUUUGCGUCUGGUGCACGGGAAGCUGGCAGUGCUUGAAGACGUUGCGCGGUCACAAGGCCGAGGUGCUCUCGCUUGCCGUCCACCCGAGUGGAAAGCUACUGCUCUCCGUCUCGAAGGACAAGACUCUGCGGACGUGGAACCUGGUGAAGGGGCGCAACGCGUACAUCACCAACAUCAAGGCCGUCGCCGAAUUCGUCCAGUGGUCGCCGGACGGCGCCUACUUUGUCAUUGGCGUUGGCAACAGACUCGACGUCUACAGCACGGAGAAAGCCGGCAAGGUGCACUCGAUCGACUUCGGCAAGCGCGUUGGCGCCGCUGCGUUCGUCUCGGACGACGUCGUCAUGCUUUCGGGCGAAGGCGGAAAUGUGGAGGUGCACAACGUCAGGCGCAAGUGCGUCUACCAAAUGUUCGCGGCGCACGCGAACCGAGUCAAGGCGAUGCAGGUCGUCAAAGUGCCAUUGGCGACGUUCUUGGUGACUGCUGGUAGCGACGGGUCGGUCAGGGUGUGGAACGUCGACCCGGACAACUUGGACGCGACUCCGAGCCUGCUGUGCGAGGUGCGGUGCGGGUGCAGGAUCACGUGUAUGGCGGUACACUCCGUCCACGACGAGGACAGUCGGCCGCGAAAGGCGAAGCGAAGGAAGAAAACAAAGAAUGAAGUUGACGUCGCGGGUGACAACGAACGAGCAGGUGAAGAUGCUAGUUGCAACGCCGAACAGGUAGAAAACAGCGAGGACUUUGAAAGUACCAAGCGCUUCGAUGAAAGCAGUAAUGAGCCGCCGCCAGCUCGGCAGGCUAAAAAUAUUUCUUUCUCUGAAAAAAUAGAAAUAGAACAACAUGAAAGUGGACCAGAGGAUGACAACGUUAACUCGAACGCUAGCGGCAACUUUGGGAAUGAAGGCGACGAUAAUGCUCGAGCAGCCGAGCAAACAACUCAUCUUCACGGUCACACAAAGCAGCGGGCACGAAAACGCAAAAGGAAGGCUGCAAAGCAGGACCCCGUGCCUGCUGCCAAGCAGAUGAAAGUGUCUCCCAACAUUGAUUCCUCUCAAAAGGAGCAGGUUGUUGACACAUCGUAUUCCAAGAAUGCACACAAGAGAAAAAAGAAAGGCAGGAAAUGUAAUAAACAAGAAUAAACUGUUGC